CCUGGCUGGCACUGACCCUGCUCAUUUCCUCCCACAGGAAGCCCCUGGCUGGUCCCCCGCAGAGCUCAGCUUUGAGGAUGGAGUCGGGAGAGGGGUCCUCAACAGCCCCGACCCCCGCUGCUGCCCUGGAGGAGCCGAACAUCGAGCCUGACUGCUCUUCCCCGGGGCUGCCAAGGGCAGCCCCGGGGAAGUUCCAAGCACUGCCCCUUGGGCCCAGAGCCCCCCGCAAGGACCCUGACCCCGGGAGUCCCGGCAGCCCGACCGCAGGGGACAGGCCCCCAGAUGCAGGCCCCGCGGGGGACCCCAGUGGUGGCGUUAAGAUCCCUAAUCGCGACAGUGGGAUCGACAGUCCAUCCUGCAGCGUGGCCGGCGAGCACUUUCCCUGUGAAGAGGGUGGUGAGGCCGGCCUGGGCCCCAUGGUCCCGGGGCUACACCCAGAGGCAGCCCCAGAAGGUGGGGCCCUGCGGGAGGAGGCCGACAGCGAUGAUGUGGGCGAAGGUAGCGCUGAGGAGCCAGACACUGAGAACAGCCCGCCGGGGGCCCAUGCGGACACAGCCAAGUGCUCUGAGCCCCAGAAGCUGCUCCACAUCGCCCAGGAGCUCCUGCACACAGAGAAAACCUACGUGAGGCGGCUGCACCUACUGGACCAGGUUUUCUGCACCCAGCUGGCGGAAGCAGGCAUCCCUCCGGAAGUCACCACAGGCAUCUUCUCCAACAUCUCCUCCAUCUAUCGUUUCCACGGGCAGUUCCUCCUGCCGGAACUGCAGACACGGAUCACGGAGGAGUGGGACACAAACCCCCGGCUUGGAGACAUCCUGCAGAAGCUGGCCCCGUUCCUCAAGAUGUACGGCGAGUACGUCAAGAACUUCGACCGUGCUGUGGAGCUGGUGAGCACCUGGACCCAGCGCUCGCCGCUGUUCAAAGAGAUCAUCCAAGGCAUACAGAAGCAGGAGGUGUGCGGGAACCUGACUCUGCAGCACCAUAUGCUGGAGCCCGUGCAGAGGGUCCCCCGCUACGAGCUGCUGCUCAAGGACUAUCUGAAGAGGCUCCCCGGAGAUGCCCCUGACCGGAAGGAUGCAGAAAGGUCCCUGGAGCUCAUCUCCACUGCCGCCAACCACUCCAACGCCGCCAUCCGGAAAAUGGAGAAAAUGCACAAGCUGUUGGAGGUGUAUGAGCGACUUGGUGGCGAGGAGGACAUCGUCAACCCCGCCAACGAGCUCAUCAAGGAGGGCCACAUCCUGAAGCUGUCUGCCAAGAACGGCACUGCCCAGGACCGCCACCUCUUCCUGUUCAACAGCAUGAUCCUUUACUGUGUGCCCAAGCUGCGGCUCAUGGGCCAGAAGUUCAGUGUCCGGGAGAAAAUGGACAUUUCGGACCUCCAGGUGCAGGAUAUCGUCAAGCCAAACGCACCCCACACUUUCGUCAUAAUGGGAAGGAAGCGGUCCCUGGAGCUGCAGACUCGGACGGAAGAAGAGAAAAAAGAAUGGAUUCAGGUCAUUGAGGCCACCAUUGAGAGGCACAGGCAGAACAGCCAGACCUUCAAGGCCUUCAGCGGCUCCUUCGGCCAGGACGAGGACUCCUCUCUCGCCCCAGAGUCCCCUGUGGUGAGUGCCAGCUCUGAGGACCCUGCUGUGGCAGCUGGCGGUGGAGGGGGCACCACGGGGCCCGAGCCGAGGAGAGGGUCUGCUAAGACCAGGCGCGACAAGGAGAAGCAGGGCUGCAGGAGCUGCGGCGAGACCUUCAACUCCAUCACCAAGAGGAAGCACCGGUGCAAGCUGUGCGGGGCGGUCAUCUGUGGGAAGUGCUCCGAGUUCAAGGCUGAGAACGGCAGGCAGAGCCGAGUCUGCCGAGAGUGUUUCCUGACCCAGCAGGUAGCACCUGAGACCCCCAGCCCUGAGGCGGUGCCCGAGGACCCCAAGCACAGCACAGAGAAGGCGGCGGCUGUGGACGCCCAGCCCAGCCUGCUGUGUGGUCACCUGCGGGUGUCAGACAGCGGUGACACUUGGAGCGAGGUGUGGGCUACCAUCCCCGCGUCGGAGCCCCUGGAGCUGGUGCUGCACCUGCAGGGAGGCAGCCAGGCUGGCCGGCCGCCACGCACCAUCCCCCUCUCGGGCUGCACAGUGAGCGUGCCGGACCCCACGGAGACUCUGGACACCGGGCAUGUGUGGCGGCUACAGCAGGCCCAGCAGGCCCUGUACCUGAGCACCCCGUCGGCAGAGCAGCAGCAGCGGUGGCUGGAGGCCCUGAGCGCAGCUGCCCGUGGAGACCCGGCUCGGGCCUUCCCAGGGGCCCCGUGAGCUGAGCCUCCGCCAGGUGUCCCCGCUCCGCAGCCACCACGGUGGGGCCUGUUGUCACCUGGGAGGUGGCGUCGGAGGCCGCGUGCAGGUGCAAAGGGCUCGGACCGCUGGGGGUGGACAGGUCACAGGGCGCUUGACCCUGAAGGGACCUCUCAGAAGUGGAGGAAACAGGCCCAGAGGGGGCAGCUGCCCGCCCAGCAUGUCUCCGCAAAGAGCCUGGUUCUGCCCUCGGCCCCAGCUGUGUGGCCUGGAGCGAGGGUGCUGGCAGACUGUCUGGUGUGGGGCGCCAGCUCUGGGAGGCAGAAGGAGCAACUUGGGGGUACCCGGGGCCUGGUGGAGGUCUGUAGUCCUGCCUUCCCUCUCUGCUGCUCCACCCCCGCCCCAUCCACGCCGUCUGUACCCGUGAGCUGAACUGUGACCGGUGGUGGACUCCACCCCUCCUCCGCCCUGUCCGGGCCCCGAGGCCCACCUCCCCAUUCGGACUGGCUGGUGGUCCGCCUGGGCCAUCCCUGCGGGACCUCCCUGAGAAAGUCAGCGGAGGCCAGCAGAGGCCCGAGUUGUGUGUGUGGCCAGCAGCAGCACCUGCUUGUCUGCAGAAAUAAAUGCUGGCAGCCAGCAGGUGGGCACAGCCUCAGGGCAGGGGCGCCAGGUGGGGAAAGAGGGUGACAGCACAGCUAGGCCUGGGGGUAGGGGGCCCACCCACCCUGUGGCGCAGUGUAGGGCCUGGGGCCCAGCCAGCCCCUCCCCCUGGUCCCACCUGGUCCCCUUCCCCCCACACCCAUGACUUCUGCUCUCUGCGUGGUGACUGAGCACCUACUGUGUCCGCAGGACCUACUGGGCCCUUCUCUCCAGGAUGUGCCCACUUGACAGCUAAGGAAACUGCGUCCUAUCACCCCAGACCCAGGGGGUGGCCGGAAGUGACCCACUGGGAAUAGCAGCAUUCCGUGGGUUGGGAGGAAACUAGCCCCCCCCCCAGUAGGUGCCCAAGGAGGGGUCCUCACAGCUGCCCCCCAUGAGUUCUCUGAGCCGGGGCAGACCCGGCCCUCUCCUCCUACCCACCAGCCUGGAGUCCCCACAUGCAGGUUUCCACAGUGAUCCCAGUGGGGGGCCCUUUCCUCACUGGGCAACCUUGAGGGUCCGCUGGGAGUUAUGUUCCACAGCAGUCCAUCAGAGAGCCCUGGGGCCCGUGGAUUUUGGACGAGACACUGGGAAGGACUCCAGCAGCCGCAAGACACGGUGCCUCGGGGCUUGGGAGGAACAGAAUCCGGAGCGGAGGACGCCCCAGGGCGGGUGUUGCAGGAAGAGCGCUCAAGCCUAGGGCAGGGCCACGAGGGGCCAGCAGGUCACAGGUGGGGAGCAGAGCAGGCUGGAGGCCCCAGGGCCUGGUCUCCCCAAGGUGUCCCUUGGUGUUGCUCUGAGAGGUGGGGGCCACGGAGCAGGCCUGGGAGUGUGACUAGAUCUGUCUGGCAGCAGCAGGGUUGUGGGGGCGCAGAUGGAGACAGGGCCCCGGGUCCCCAGUGGGUCUCCAGGAAAACCCCUGUGAUGGGCAAGUUGGAGGCUGCAGCUCCCGGCAUUUAAAGAGAUGAAACGCCAGUGUUCUUGUGAAACAUCCUGAUAAGAGUUAGCAACU